CUUGUCUUCCACAUUCACCACCAUGCUUUUGUUCAAGGACGUUAUUUCUGGGGAUGAGCUCGUUUCUGAUGCUUACGACUUGAAGGAAGUCGAUGACAUCGUCUAUGAAGCCGACUGCCAAAUGGUCACCAUCAAGCAAGGUGGUGAUGUUGACAUUGGCGCCAACCCUUCUGCUGAGGAUGGUGGUGAUGUUACUGAAGAGGGUACCGAAACUGUUAACAACCUUGUUUACUCUUUCCGUUUGAACCCUACUAGCUUCGACAAGAAGUCUUACAUGACCUACAUCAAGGGUUACAUGAAGACUAUCAAGGGUCGUCUCCAAGAGAAGAACCCUGAACGUGUUCCCAUCUUUGAGAAGAAGGCUGUUGAGUAUGUCAAGAAGAUCUUGGGCAACUUCAACGACUACGAUUUCUUCAUUGGUGAAAGCAUGGAUCCCGAUGCUAUGGUAGUUUUGAUGAACUACCGUGAAGAUGGUAUGACCCCUUACAUGACCUUCUUCAAGGACGGUCUUGAUGCCGAAAAGUUCUAAGCUAGGGAAUUGAAUUUUUUGGUCAAAUAUCAAGAUGAUAAGUAGUCUGAAAAUAUGUUAUUCAUGACAUAAAUAAUACGACUUCCACAAUAUGCAUACCACGACGGAAAUGAAAAUUUUUGGUAAAAUCGUGAUGCAGUAGUAAUUUAAAAAUGGGCUCAUUAAUAUACUAUCGUUUAUUCCUUGGAAUAUAUUGUGUAAUAAAUACUUAGCCGCUAGUAAUUAUAACUUCAAAUAGAACGUAUUAGCAAUGAUUUUUAAAAGGUAGAGUGGUCGUUGGUUCAAUCGCCUUCUAGC